AUGUUAUUGUCUUAGGCGUUGUCAUUUUUGGACGUCAGUGUUUGAUUCUUUUAUCCCAAGUACAUUGUCCUCAAGGAAAGUGUAUUCGUGGCCAGCUCACCAGUAGCUUGUUAAGCAGGAUGAGUUCGGACGGGGGAGGAAAGCCGGUGAAGGUGGGCUCGGUGGUGGAGGUGAUCGGGAAGGGCCAGCGGGGCACGGUGGCCUACGUCGGCGCCACGCUCUUCGCCUCGGGGAAAUGGGUGGGAGUCAUACUGGACGAAGCCAAGGGCAAGAACGACGGCACCGUGCAGGGAAAACGCUACUUCACCUGUGAGGAGAACCACGGCAUAUUUGUGAGGCAGUCCCAGAUCCAGGUGAUAGAUGAGGAAGGAAGUUCAGCCACGUCUCCUGACACCCCAGACUCAGGCUCUGCUAAACUGCCCAAAAAAGAUAUUGCAGAGACUCCAAAAGCAGGGAAACAGGUGGGCAGGCCCUCUGUGACAGGAGCCCCGGGUACUGGUUUGUCUGGAUCAGUCUUGGUGGAAAAUGAGCCUAGUGCACCUUCCCAGACUGCCCUGGGGGCGCCUGUGGUCCCUCAGCCCGGCGGAACCCCUGCCCCGCCUAGUGCCGCCACCCCCAGCAAGGAGGAGGAGACCUUGCGGUCCCAGGUGAAGGACCUGGAGGAGAAGUUGGAAACAUUGCGUAUGAAGCGGACGGAGGACAAAGCUAAGCUCAAAGAGCUGGAGAAACACAAGAUUCAGCUGGAGCAACUCCAGGAGUGGAAGAUCAAGAUGCAGGAACAGCAGAACGAACUGCAAAAACAGCUCAAAGAAGCCAAGAAGGAGGCGCGCGAGGCCAUGGAGGCCAGAGACCGGUACAUGGAGGAGAUGGCGGACACGGCGGACGCCAUAGAGAUGGCCACGGUGGAUAAAGAGAUGGCGGAGGAGAGAGCAGAGUCUCUGCAGCAGGAAGUGGAGUCCCUGAAAGAGCAGCUGGAGGAAGCCAGGAUGGACAUGGAGAUACUCAAACACGAGAUCGAGGAGAAAGGACCUGAUGGAGCUGCUACUAGUUACCAUAACAAACAGCUGGAGGAGCAGAACGCCCGACUCAAAGAGGCCCUGGUCAGGAUGAGGGACCUGUCAUCGUCUGAGAAGCAGGAGCACGUGAAACUGCAGAAGCAGAUGGAGAAGAAGAACUCGGAGCUGGAGUCUCUCAGGACGCAGAAGGAAAAACUACAGGAGGAGAUGAAGCAGGCUGAGGCCACCAUCGAUGAACUGAAGGAACAGGUGGAUGCCGCAUUGGGAGCUGAGGAGAUGGUGGAGACUCUGACUGAGAGGAAUCUUGAUCUGGAGGAGAAAGUUCGGGAGCUCCGAGAGACUGUCAGCGACCUGGAGGCCAUAAACGAGAUGAACGACGAGCUGCAGGAGAAUGCCCGUGAGACGGAGCUGGAGCUGCGAGAGCAGCUGGACCUGGCCGGCGCCCGGGUCCGCGAGGCCCAGAAGAAGGUGGAGGCUGCCCAGGAGACGGUGGCCGAUUACCAGCAAACCAUCAACAAGUACCGGGAGCUCACCAACCAGCUCCAGGAAAUGAAUCGCGAGCUGACCAAUCAGCAGAAUGCUACGGCGGAGCAGCUGCAGCAGCCUCCAGCUGAACUCUUUGACUUCAAGAUCAAAUUCGCCGAGACCAAGGCUUAUGCUAAGGCCAUUGAGAUGGAGCUGAGGAAGAUGGAGGUGAACCAGGCCAAUAGACAUGUGUCUCUGCUCACCUCCUUCAUGCCAGAAUCGUUCUUACGCCAUGGAGGAGAUCACGACUGUGUCCUGGUCUUACUCCUCAUCCCGCGACUCAUCUGUAAGGCUGAGCUGAUCAGCAAACAAGCCCAGGAGAAGUUUGACUUAAACGGAAACGCGUCGGAGCGCAGCGGGCUCCGCGGCCCAGCCGGAGAGCAGCUCAGCUUCUCUUCAGGCCUGGUGUACUCCCUCAGUCUGCUGCAGGCCACGCUACACAAAUAUGAACAAGCGUUGAGUCAGUGCGGGGUAGAGGUGUAUAAACGAAUGGGAACGCUCUACUCAGAGAUGAGCUUUCACGAGCGCUCUCUCGAUCUCUUUAUCGACCUGCUUCACAAAGACCAGCUCGACGAGACCGUCCAGGUGGAGCCGCUCACCAAGGCCAUCAAAUACUAUCAGCAACUGUACAGCAUCCACCUGUCAGAGCAGCCUGAGGACUGCACCAUGCAACUUGCAGACCACAUCAAGUUUACCCAGGGUGCACUGGACUGCAUGUCGGUAGAGGUGGGCCGCCUGCGUGCCUUCCUGCAUUCCGGACAGGAAGGGGCAGGUCUGUCUGUGCUUCUCAAAGACCUGGACACUUCCUGCGGCGACAUCCGUCAGUUCUGCAAGAAGAUUCGCAGGAGGAUGCCUGGCACUGACGUGCCGGGGAUACCCGCCGCCUUGGCAUUCCCACCACAGGUCAGUGAGACGCUGGCUGAGUGCAGGAAGCAUUUGAGCCGCGUGGUGGCCGUGCUGCAGGAGGUGGCAGCUGCUGGAGCUCAGAUGAUCGCACCAAUGGGAGAGCAGGAGGGUCUGUCCGCACUCAAACUGGAGGACGUGGCCUUCAAAACUGUCGAACAGGUCUACGGAUCUCACGGGCUGAACGCUUUCGAGUGUCUGCGUGAGUCCUGCAGCGCCGUCAUAGCAACCAUGAACAAGAUGGCCACCGCCAUGCAGGAGGGAGAAUAUGAUGCCGAGAAACCUCAACGCCCGACGGCUCCUGUGGAGGUGCGUGCAGCGGCUCUGAGGGCGGAGAUCACUGACGCUGAGGGUUUGGGGCUGAAGCUGGAGGACAGGGAGACGGUCAUCAAAGAGCUGAAGAAAUCUCUGAAGAUCAAGGGAGAGGAACUGAGUGAGGCUAACGUGCGUUUGAGUCUGCUGGAGAAGAAGUUGGACACCUCGACGAAAGACGCGGACGAACGCGUGGAGAAGAUCCAGACCAAACUGGACGAGAGUCUGGCUCUGCUGAAGAAAAAAGAGAAGGAGUUUGAGGAGACCAUGGAUGCCUUGCAGGCAGACAUAGACCAGCUGGAGUCAGAGAAGGCGGAGCUGAAGCAGAGACUCCACAGUCAGGCCAGAGGCACCGCCGAGGGUCUGCGUGGUCAGGCUGCGUCCGGCAUCGCCUCCAUCGUCACGGGAACAGCCGCAGGUGGUUUACCUGUCGGUAUGGGAGGUGUAUCUGGUUCAGUGCAGGUGGUUGACUCUCCUCUCCUGCGCCAGCAAAUCGAAGUCCAGCGUUCGGCCAUCAAACACCUGAAGAAUGAAAACUACCGUCUGAAGGCUGAGAAGAUGAAGGCACAGCUGACGUCCCUGCCCCCGCUGCACGUGCCCAAAAUGGCAUCGGUGGGGAAAGAGGGCUCACCCGUGGACGGAGAGUCGGGAGGACUGUACCGAAAAACGGACCUGUUGCUAAGCAACCUCAUGAAGAUGAGCGCCAGCGUUAAAGUGGUUGAUGUUACUGGCAAAACACCAGUGAGCCCGAGUGCACAGCUGUUGGAGCAGACAGCCAGGCUACAGUCUCUGAGUGACUCUCUGGACAAACUGAAGAGUGAGGUGACACAGCGUGUGGUUUCUCAACAGUCUGGUGCUCGUGUUCCAUCUGAUUUUGCAACUUUUCCCUCAUCCUCCUUCAUCAAGGCGGAGGAGGAGAAGAAGAGGAAGGGUACGGUGAUGGUUGGGAAGGUGAUGAUUCCCUGUGCCCGCGGUAAAGAACAGUCGCACUGUCUCGUCUUGUCCCAACAGCAGCUGCGGCACGUGCACCGCCUCCUCAUGACCUAAACCACGCCUGCUCAUUGGCUCACGCUCGAUGAGUGAUGGCAGGCUCCCCCAAUCACCGAUACACUUCCACACUACACUUUUGCCACGUUCGGUUUUUUACUGGUUUGUUUCGGUACCUUUGACUCAACUCAGGAAACAACAGCGUCAUUAUCGGGCUAACGAAACCUCGCUUUCACACCAAAGACCGGUCAUAUCGUUGUUUACCGGCUCCUUCUCCGUCUCAGUUCUGAGGAACUGGGCAUGACAGAGACGAAAUCUUGUUGCGCUAGAGUUGAAACAGGAUGUUGAAGGUGUCGUGUGGCUUUAUGCCUUCGUAGCGGUCGAAUCGUAUUUCUACUCAUCUCUAACCUUCUUACGCUCGAUUUUGACAACCAAUCUUUCCUUUACAGGUUUUAUGCAAUUUUAUAUCAAUCUUUAAUACGCUGGAAGUGUAUAACUGAUUAGUUUUGUUAGACGACGUUAGACUGAUGAUUAUUCACGCGUACAAAUGUUCACUACAACAUCGAUCGUCGUAGUUUAGCGGGGCUCCGAGCGGGAA